AUUAGCUUCUUAGCUUUUGCUUUUUCAAUAAUUUCACUUGUCUUCUGUUACUUCAAGAAUUAGAAUCAAGACUUCAAGCAAGAAUCAAUAGUAAUAUCAGUUGAUGCCGAACGACAAGAAGAUGCUGUGCGUGCACUUUGACAAUAACAAUAACAAGUUGGAAUUCAGUUAUUUAGUAGGCCUUUCUAUAUGGCUACCAGCUAUUGCUCUGGUUUAUCGUGUGCUGAAAUUUCUUCUUCAUUGGCUAACUCAUCCUAAAGUUAUAUCACUGCCCAAAGAAGGAGAGAUAGAAAUAGCUAAGUGUGAUGAAAAGAAAUACUCAAGUGUGAAAGAUAGAGGACAGCAAACUGUUCAGUACAGAUUUAGGCAGAGACAGAAAAAGAUACAAAGAGAAUCAACAAGUAUAGAGAAAUCAGACUCUGGGGUUUUGGAUUCUAAAUUGGUCGCAAAGGAAGAGGAAGCGUAUGUGUCGAAACUACCUCGUGUUCGCGAUGGUGAUCUAGAGCAUUUCAGCCACAGACACCCUCUGCUAAGAUUCCAUCUCCGAGGUACAGAAAAUAUAAGAUGCAACAUGUGUACUUUUAUAAUAUCCGGAGUGGCUUAUGGUUGUGAUCAUUGUCGUUACUUUCUCCACGAGGUAUGCUCUAGCAUUCCUAAUAGAAUUCGGCAUGAUUUUCACCCCAUGCACUCACUUACCCUUUGUCCUAUUCCCUCGAUCUCUCUUUGUUAUUCGAAAGUUGAGAGCGAACAGCUGGCUGUGGCCGAAAAGAGAGGUUUUGGGACUGAAUUCCGUUGUGUGGCAUGUGGAUAUGACAACUCUUACCCUCAAAAGUCACUCUUUGCUUUUUAUUAUCAUUGCGAUGUGUGUAAUUUUGACCUUCAUCUUGAAUGUGCUUCCGUACCAACGACAUUGAUCCAUAAGGUUAAAUAUCCACUUGAUCUCUUCACUAUCUUUCCACUAGAAAGUGAAGGUGCAGCCCUGUUUUGUGAUAUUUGUAACCAAGUUAUGAAUAGGGAAUUCUCUUGGCUUUUCUACAAUCGUGAGUUUGAUUACGUCUGCCAUUUUGAGUGUGGUGCUGAAGAAGAGUUUGGGCUAAUAGGGGAUGACGGUUUCCUAUCUGAAGUCCAGAAACUAUUGGUUCUUCAAACAAGUUUCCCUGGCCAAAAACCAAAAGUAAAACAGUUAGGAGAAGUUGCACACUUCAGCCACCGCCAUCCACUGAAAGCAAUCAAACAGAUGAAUGAGGCAUCAAUCAUGAGUUGCUGCAUAUGUUCAAUCAAGUCUUCGUCUGGUUACAUUUGCCAGCAAUGCAAUUACUUCAUUGACGAGAGCUGUUUCCAUCUUCCACCAAAGAUUCGACACCAAUAUCACCCGAAUCACACUCUCAUACUCGUCAGCUACACCGAUCAUCCAAAUAUCCACUGCACAGCUUGCAGCCAAGAAGUUGGUGCAGCAUACCAUUGCUCUGCUUGUAAAUUCAGUCUCCAUCGUACCUGUGCUGGUGCUCCCUUGACAUUAACCCUUGGCACAAACAAGAAAGUUAGUUAUAAGCUCCUCUAUUCGUAUCCGUUUGAGGGUGAGAUGGCUGUUAUCAAUUGCAGUGCUUGUUCCAAUAAGUUAAACUCAAAGCAGAGCUUCUUGUACUACAAUUUCGACCUGGAUGAAGUGCUCCAUGUCCUAUGUGCGCUUAAUAGAGAAGCUGGCACUUAUGCUACUAAGUUCCGUUUAGCUAGUGAAAGACUGAAAAGCAUUAGAAUAGGGGAAGACUUCUCCUGAUUGCAUGUAGUGUAACUACAAAGUUUUACCUAUUUUAUAAGUAUUAGUAGUAACUAAUGUCAGGAAGGUAUUGCCUAUCUAGUACAUGUGUAAUAUGGCCAAAUUUUCAUGACAUUUGCUAUGACAUAAUAUCCAUUAUAACAAAAUUUAUGG